GUGACAUCGUGCAUACUCGCACUUGAGGCAAACGCGAUCAACGGAGUGUCGUUCUGCCAGAGGCGGCGCUGUGGUUCCUUUCUCUUUAACCUUUCCGGGAUUUUGUCGACACUUUUCUGAAAAACGGCAAAAAUGUCGGCGUGGCGACAGGCGGGAUUAAAUUACAUCAAUUACUCUCAGAUCGCGGCUAGGUUAGUCAGGCAAGCUUUGAAGGGGGAUCUCAGGGCCGAGGCUCUCAAGCGUGACGAGGUCAACGUGAAAUUUACUCAGUGGAAGGAUGGAAAGCCAAUCACUGAAAAGAUGUGAUCAUUAUGAUUAAAAACGCCUAGACAAUGAUUGAUAUCACAGAUGGAUGCAGAUUUCAUCCGACACAUAUUUAUAGCCAUAAGUUACGUAUGACGAUGCCUGUCCUCGUAUAAAAUAAAACCAUUCUGCGCAUUGUUA